AGGGCAGAGUCAUUAACUGGUUGAGAGGAGAGGUGGUUCAGAUUGUUUCUGUGUUUUCCCUGCAGUACGGUUAAAGGGUGCUGACAAAUCUCAAAAUGCGGACACUCUGCCUGUUCCUGUUGGUGCUGCUCACAAUCCCCAUGUCAGAUGCAGCUGCACUGGAUAACCGUGCCUUGUCUCUCAUUGUCCUUCGUUUCGACAAAGCAGCUGUGCGCCAGGCGACCGAUAAUGGGAGAAAACCCGUCGCCUUCCUGUUGGCUUUACCUGCUUCCCAGUCCAGAGAGAUCGACAGACAUGUAGAAAAGAACGACAGGAUAUUAUUGCAUUCUUUUAUUACCAAUGAUGUGAACAUUUUCCUUAACUACCCAGGUGGAAAUUACCUCGCUGUCUUCCCGAACAGCGGCAGUCGUUGCCCAGAAAAUAAAUUGCUGAACCCCACCUCGAUCAACGGGAACCGCACCGCGGCUCAGCUUUUCCAAACUCUGCUGAUUAACAGAACCCAGCACAAUAACCAGCCAGUGGGCUGUAUCAUUCUCUACACCACCUACAGCCCAUGUCUAGAUCACUGUUUCAGUAACACGGGGAAUUGUGAGAUCAUCCCUGCCUUGCAAAGUUCCCCAUUUCGGGACAUAUGGACUGAACCAGACAUUCACAAGUAUUUUGUCUUCAGCAAAAUAUUUGCCAAUGAUACAGAUCAGAGCCGACACCAGGAAAUCCGGGAAAAGCUGGCUGCAGUGGAGAAUACCGGGUUUCAUAUCAGAAGGUGUGAUGGAAAAGGCUUAUUCAUGUGUAGAGAAUGCUCAGCUCCAGAAUACUGCAUCGAAUAGGCUCCAAGAAUUGAUUUAACAGAAUAAGGGAUCUGUGAAUUUCUGUAAAUGUGUGCUGUGCCUGUUCAAAUACA